CCCUGCCGGCUGCCUCUUCCUAUUUGGUUGAUAACUAACUCACUCACAUUGUUCAUAUCGAAGCAUAUAUUGGCUCCUGAGCUUUCCCCAAUCAACGCCCAUGUACUCAAUACACCUACUCUGGCUGAUAGCCGUCGCGCUAUCAUCACCAGCAGUCGCACAGGGUAUCCUGACUAGUGUCAAUAGCCAAGACGGCAAUGGGGAAUCCGAAUCAUCUUCAACCACGCGAAACGUUUCUUCCAAAGGGAUGAUAAUCCUGUGUACGAUAGUAGCUGUGGUCGUGCUCGUUGGAAGUAUGUCCUGCGGUGGCGACGCGCCCAAACACAAGAGCAGGCCCGAGAAACGGAUGCUGACAAUUCUUUAUUCCGCAGUUCUGUUCACUGCUGCUUUUAUCACGGCGAAGAAAAGGCGUUUGAGGACACGCGAAACACUCCCUUUCACAGACCCUACCAACCGGCCUCUAGGUGUCAGAGCCCCGACAGGAAGAGGCCAAGCCAUAUUCAAAGGCCCGGAUCGCGCUCAAAUUCAGCCGGAUCUAGAGAAAAAUGCUGGAGUUGGUCAAGAUCGAUCACACGGAGACUCCGACACGAAGCAAAGGGGAUGGGGAUCUUACUUUUCUUUCGGGCGCACAUGAUUGCGAGGGGAUCAUUUCUGAAUAUCUCAUUUGAAUGAUGCAGUCACGAGCUCUAUCUGAUUAUCAGCUUGAUGCGAUGCUUCUAUUUUUGCAAUCGUUGCUCGCUAGCUGAUCUCUGUGAAAUUUCCAUUUCCUCAACGCUUUUCGUUUGCAUGCGUAUUUGGAGGUAUACCCCGCAUUUUACUGUCUUGGCUUUCAGUUUCCAGAAGUGAGCUAGUAACCGUGAAUCAAGGAAUAGCAAGAACAUUUGCGCCGAUAGUUACACAGCCUUGCUGUCGUACUCUGUAGGUGAGCGGCGAGAACCCCAGACGCGCCGCCCGCCAUCCCCCGCCGAAGGAAAGCCUUGCCCAAACUACGCCUAGUGGGGCGCCCGGGCCAAUCAACCCCGCC